UUGUCACGGGCAUUCAUGCGACACUAUGUUUUCGUGUUCACGGGGAGGAUAGUUAGCUGGCAUGGUUUGAUUUUUCAGCCGUCAGUCAGGCACUGCGCGCCAAUGUGCCCGCCGCGUGCAUUCGAUUUUGACACAUAGUCGAGUGGAUCGCUUUUUUUACCGCGCGGUUCGAAAGUCUCGAUUCGUGCGGAUAUUGAAGUGUAUUUGUGCAUCGUUUUCUUUUUAGAUUUGGUGUCACAUUCUUUUUGUAUUUUAUCUGUGCUUUUUUUUUUGUUUUCGAAAGACAAUUCAAAAUGGAUUUGGAGUUUCGGAACUUGACGUACACAGUAUACAACAAAAUAGUUAGAGGUCCGGGCAAGCAAGUCGUAAAAGGCGUCAGUGGCAGAUUUAUGUCCGGACAACUCAUAGCUAUUAUGGGACCUUCAGGAGCUGGCAAAAGUUCUCUAUUGAAUGUUAUAUCUGGAUACAAGUCCGCUGGAGUCACAGGUGAGUUACUGGUGAACGGUCAGGCACGUGAUGAACAGCAGUUCAAGAGAUCGUCCUGUUACAUCACACAAGAGGAUCUUCAUCAGCCAUUGCUCACGGUGCGCGAAGCGAUGGACGUUGCAGCCAAAUUCAAGCUACCAAGGGGUGUUAAAAUACCAUCAGAGGAAAUUUUGCAACAACUCGGGCUCUUGGAACACCAACAUACAAAAACAGAUUUAUUAUCUGGAGGGCAAAAGAAAAGAUUAUCUAUAGCUCUAGAGCUGGUGAAUAAUCCACCAGUGUUCUUCUUGGAUGAACCAACUAGCGGUCUCGACACAGUCACAACUUUGCAGUGCGUGAAAUUGUUGAAGCAGUUGGCGAGGCAAGGACGAACCGUUGUGUGCACUAUCCACCAGCCGCCGGCUUCUCUGUUCGAAAUGUUUGAUCAGGCGUAUGUAUUAGCAGAUGGACGCUGCAUCUAUCAAGGAGAUACUGAAGCAAUGGUGCCACAUCUACGGAGCAUCGGUCUUGUUUGUCCGAGACACCACAAUCCUGCAGACUUUAUUGUAAUUUUUUAUAUAUUUUUUUUUAGUUAUCGAAGUACGGAAAAUCCUGAAAACGUAAAUAUUAUGUGCAACGAAACGUUAAAUGGAAAAAUUUAUAAGUCAUCUAAAUUAGAAAAUAUAACGACUACUAGCGAACCCAUGAACAACAUGCAGCUAAAGAUUUGCUAUCAAACAGAAGAUGAGAGCGGGGAAACGGAAAUAGUGCUGUCAAACGAGAAAUGCACAUAUAAAGUACAACAGUAUAAUGAGCCUAGUAACUCAACGAUUUCAUUGAGUCGAAUGUCGACUGAUGAUUCGUCUUUAGCCUGGAUGAAAGUACAAAAGUCGACAAGUCGCUUCCCAACUACUUAUUUCCAACAGUUCUCAAUACUUCUCUGCAGGAUGUUGUUGCAAAUAUCAAGAAACAGACAGGCACUAUGGAUCCAAACGAUACACCACGUGAUGUGUGCGGUAUUAGUGGGUAUAUGUUUCUUUAAGACGGCCAACGACGGCGCCCAAAUGUUCAAUCAUUUGAAGAUGUGCGUUGGGCUUGUCAUAUUCUUCGCGUAUACACAAAUUAUGGUGCCCGUUUUAGUCUAUCCCCAAGAAGUAAAAUUGGUUAAGAAAGAGCACUUUAAUGGCUGGUACGGUUUGCUUCCGUACUAUGCCGCAUUAACGGUGUCGAAACUGCCGGUACAAAUAUCGUUAAAUAUGAUAUUCUGCACCACAGUGUUCUUCAUGGUGGGAGUGCCUUUUACAAUACCGAGAUUCGUAAUGUUCUGUGUUAUUGGAAACAUUAUAUCUUUGGUGUCCGAAGGUAUCGGAAUGGCCAUCGGAUCUAUGUUUAGUGUGACGAACGGCUGUGCUAUUGGCCCAGCAGCGAUAGCACCGUUCCUCGGCCUGGCGAUCUACGGCUUCGAUUUCGCUCACAGGAUCCCGUUAAUCAUGAACAUCAUCAUGAAGACCUCGUACAUCAGAUGCGGUGUUGUCGCCAUGGUUCUAACCGUGUUCGGUUUCGGACGAAAACCUUUGGAAUGUAAAGAAAUGUACUGUCACUUCGCCAAACCCGAUGUCCUCAUGAAAUAUCUAGAUAUAGAAAAUAGUUCGGUUUACUUUGAAAUUGCUAUUAUGGUGUUUAUCAUGGUAUCUGUACGGUUUCUGUGUUAUAUGGGAUUGAGAUGGCGUUUCGCGACAUGAUAUGCCAUAAGCAGUUUAAAUUACAACGACUGCAAACUAAAUGUGUGAUAUCGUAAAUUGUAGCUGUCACGGUUACAUUCUAAUGAUCGUAUGCAUUAUAGUAAAAACCAAAGAACAUAUCUAUAAGAUAUUACGGGGGCAAUGGGAAAAUUUUUAAUGAUAUUUAAUGUAUGAAAAUGUAUGUUUUCUCACGAUCCAGCCAUUAAAUACAUGAGUUUUGUAAUAUCAUCCAAGAUUUUAAUGUAUCGUCAUUAUACUAUUUACAUAAAAACUAAAACCUUCUUAGAAUGCGGUGUUUUAAUGGAGAGGUAUAUUUACUUAACGACGGCGAUUUUGGUCGCCAUUUGUUCAUUUUGUUAAAAUUAGAUGGGAGAGAUUUAAAAUACAUCAUUUAUAAAAACAGGACAUGCAAAAAAUCUAACAACAAACUAUCAAACAACAGAGGAGCCCACAAGGAGCUAUAUUUUAUACUUUUUAAAGUGGUAUUAAAAAGACAAUGAAUUUAAUUCAUAAGUAUUAUAUAAGAGCUUAUAAAGCGUUUUAUAUAUAGUAUACCUAAAAAAGUGAUUAUAAAUAAUAUUAUUUAAAUAAAUUAUGGUAAGGAGUUUUGACUUUUAUAAAUAAAAUAUUUUAAAUAAA